AUGGCAGGCCGGCCAGAGGCUUCGACAGGCGACGACUACGACUCCAGGACGGCGAGAGGACCAGCACGGGCAGACACGACGGCUGCAGAGCCUCGCACGUCAGAUUUCCAGGCCAUGUCCAGUCGCAUCCGAGCAGCAGGAAGACGCGUUCGCGCGUCGCGACAACGACAGGCCAGUCGAGUGCCUGCGUUCCGGCAGCUCACAAGCCUAGGCCUAACUCAAUUGGAAUUCUCCGCGUCUCUGGCCGUCGUGACACGGAAUCUGCUCGUUCUCUCCACUUAUUACAUCACCUUGUGCCUGCAGUCGUCGCUUGCGCUGGGCGUCGAGAGUGGGCACCCGCCAGACCGCUUGACUACUAUCGCCCAGCCCGACCGUCUGACCCCCAGCAAAGCGCCACACCGAGUCCCUUUGGCUGUCCUGGGCCCCUCUGCUCUACAUGCCCUGGCCCAUGGUGUUUGGCCCCGCUGA